UUGAUUGAUUGAUUGAUUGAUUAUCCUACGCACCCUUUUCCCUCCUAUCCUGCGCUGCGCUUCCUUCGCCGGCUUUGGAGCUCAUCAGAUCUCCCAAGACUCACACCAACUCAGUCCUUCACUCUCUUUCUCUCUCACUCCCAAAUCAACCCACUUCAGAUUCAGAAAAGAAUCAUGAGCUGCUUCGGCUGUUGUGAUGAAGAUGAUAUGCAGAAAUCUGCUGACAAUGGAGGUCAUUACAUGAUGAAAAAUCCUGCAGGAAAUGAGGGGAUUCAUCAUGACUCCGGCAAUGCGCCCAAAGGUGGUCAAGCCGUAAAGGCCCAACCUAUUGAAGUUCCGCUUAUACCAGUAGAGGAGCUAAAGGAAAUUACAGAUAACUUUGGGACAAGUGCCUUGAUUGGGGAAGGUUCUUAUGGAAGAGUAUAUUUUGGAGUACUUAAAAGCGGGGAGCAGGCAGCAAUCAAGAAGCUCGAUGCCAGCAAACAACCUGAUGAGGAAUAUCUUGCGCAGGUUUCUAUGGUAUCACGGCUGAAAAAUGAUAAUUUUGUUCAACUUCUUGGUUACUGCGUUGAUGGGAGUUCUCGUGUUCUUGCCUAUGAGUUUGCAUCUAAUGGAUCUCUUCAUGAUAUUCUACAUGGAAGGAAAGGUGUCAAAGGAGCUCAACCUGGUCCUGUUCUAACUUGGGCACAGCGUGUUAAAAUUGCAGUGGGUGCUGCAAGAGGACUCGAGUAUUUACAUGAAAAAGCGGCCCCCCAUAUCAUUCAUCGCGACAUCAAGUCCAGCAAUGUACUAAUAUUUGAUGAUGAUGUUGCUAAGAUUGCAGACUUUGAUUUAUCCAACCAAGCUCCUGAUAUGGCAGCACGUCUUCACUCCACUCGUGUUCUAGGAACCUUUGGUUAUCAUGCCCCAGAAUAUGCGAUGACUGGACAGUUGAAUGCCAAAAGUGAUGUUUACAGUUUUGGUGUUGUCCUGCUAGAGCUUUUGACCGGAAGAAAACCUGUUGAUCAUACAUUACCACGGGGACAGCAGAGCCUAGUGACAUGGGCUACACCAAAACUUAGUGAAGACAAAGUUAGGCAGUGUGUUGAUGCAAGACUAGGAGGAGAAUUCCCCCCCAAGGCUGUUGCGAAGAUGGCUGCAGUUGCUGCCUUGUGUGUGCAAUAUGAGGCUGAUUUCCGCCCAAACAUGAGCAUUGUGGUCAAAGCCCUACAACCACUGCUAAAUGCUCGGCCUGGACCUACUGGUGAAUCACCAAGCUUGUAGAUUUCAAUCUCAAUCCUUCUCUCUAGCUCUGCCUGUGAAGAUGUGUCAAAUGUGCAUGCAUGAGUAACUCUGCAUGCAUAAUAUAACAAAAAGAUUGUUUCAGAGGGUUGUGGUAAAUUGUUUGCACAAUGCGCUAUAUGCUUCAUUAUUUACUGUGUAUUUAGUUUGUUCAUAAUGCAAGGGGGGGUAUGUUCUUAUUGGAAUGGGUUUUCAUUUUUCAAAUUUUUUUUUUUAUAUAUAAUGCUCAACAUUUAUUCAUUGAUGAAUGAGUUUGGCCGUGAAAUUUUACUAUUGA